CAUGUAAAUCACGCAGACACACACACUUCAUCGUGGAGAUAUGGUGGGGAACAAUACUGUUGCUUCCCUCUUCUACUAUUCUUUGCUCAUCAUCUGCGCCGCUGCUUGGCACGCGGAUGCGUCCCAAGCGGAUCGACUGAGAGAAUUCAUCAGGUCUAGGAGGAACAGUCCUAGUGAGGCUGCUGAUAAGGGCACGUUUGAGGUUGCCAACAUAGGGCACAGCGUAGCUAGCAGCCUCCUGAGCACAAGCAGCUACUCCGACAGUGAACAGAGCGCCCUGAAGGCAGCUGACAAGAUCACUGCGCUGCCGGGGCAACCGGACGGCGGCGUCGACUUCGACCAGUACGCCGGGUACGUGACUGUCGACGAGAAGAAUGGCCGGGCACUCUUCUACUACUUGGUGGAGGCACCACAGGAUGCCUCGGCAAAGCCGCUCCUCCUGUGGCUUAACGGAGGGCCCGGAUGCUCAUCGCUUGGCUACGGAGCAAUGCAAGAGCUCGGUCCGUUCCGCGUAAACAGCGACAACAAAACGCUGAGCAGAAACAAGGCGGCUUGGAAUAACGUGGCUAAUGUGAUCUUCUUGGAGUCGCCGGCGGGUGUUGGAUUCUCCUACUCCAACACAUCCUCCGACUACGGCCUCAGCGGAGACCGAAGGACAGCUGCUGAUGCGUACUUGUUUUUGGCUAACUGGCUGGAGCGCUUUCCUGAAUACAAAAGCCGUCCGUUCUACAUCUCCGGGGAGAGCUACGCCGGACACUACGUACCCGAACUUGCUGCCACCAUCUUAACCCAGAAUUCCUACAACAGCAGGACGGCCAUAAACCUCCGGGGCAUCUUGGUUGGAAAUCCACUUCUGGAUUCGUAUAUGAACUUGAAGGGUGCAGUUGCCUACUACUGGAGCCAUGGGUUGAUGUCGGACGAGGUCUUUGACAACAUAACCAGGCACUGCAAGUAUGACAGUUCAGAUGGUGUGGCAUGCAGUGGCGCUUUGGAGGCGGUAGAUCCUGGACAGAUUGAUCCUUACAACGUAUAUGCUCCGAUCUGUGUUGAUGCGGCCAACGGAGCAUACUACCCCACUGGCUACCUACCUGGAUAUGAUCCAUGCAGCGAUUACUACACCUAUUCCUACCUCAAUGACCCAGCAGUGCAGAAUGCUUUCCACGCUAGGACGACAAGUUGGUCAGCGUGCGCGAACUUGAACUGGACGGACGCACCGAUUUCCAUGGUGCCAACAGUCGCAGGGCUGAUUGAGAAGAAGCUGCCUGUUUGGAUUUUUAGUGGCGAUUUUGAUUCCGUGUGCCCACUUCCUGCUACGAGGUUUUCCAUCCAUGAUCUUAACCUGCACGUCACCACUCCAUGGCGCCCGUGGACAGUAAACAUGGAGGUCGGAGGAUAUGUUCAACAAUACCAGGGAGGAUUCACGUUUGCCUCUGUCAGAGGAGCUGGUCAUAUGGUUCCGUCUUCCCAGGCUGAUAGAGCAUUAGUAUUAUUGGACUCCUUUCUGAAAGGGGUGCUCCCACCAUACGUACAGGAGCAGUAAUAAUUCCUAAAUAUGUAGAGUGUCUUGUCAAUGGCAAACUCAAUAAAAACUAUCCGUUUUUGUAUUACUUGAAUUGAUGUUGGUUUUGCAUUAGCUGGUUUGUGGUUAUAAUUAAAAGGUCCAUCUUUCCCCUUAGGGACCGUUUGUAUCCGCUCGUUUUAGAGAAAUUGAAAUCUAUACUUAACAGA